AUGUUAUUUUCAGAGAGAAAUAAAAGUGGAGUGACUUUCACCCUUCUGGGCUUCUCAGAUUACCCGGAACUGCAGGUCCCCCUCUUCUUGGUUUUUCUGGCCACCUACAGUGUCACUGUUGUAGGGAAUCUUGGGAUGAUUGUCAUCAUCAAAAUUAACCCCACACUGCACAUCCCCAUGUACUUUUUCCUCAGCCACCUCUCAUUUGUUGAUUUCUGCUAUUCCUCCAUCGUUGCUCCCAACAUGCUGAUGAACCUCGUUGUAGAAGACAGGACCAUUUCAUUUUUAGGAUGUGUAGUGCAAUUCUUUUUCUUUUGUACCUUUGUGGUGACUGAAUCCUUUUUAUUAGCUGUAAUGGCUUAUGACCGCUUUGUGGCCAUUUGUAACCCUUUGCUCUACACAGUUGCAAUGUCCCAGAGACUCUGUGCCAUGCUGGUUGUUGGAUCAUAUGCAUGGGGUGUAGCAUGUUCCUUGAUACUCACAUGCUCCACUUUAAAAUUGUCCUUUUGUGGUUUCAACACAAUUCAUCACUUCUUCUGUGAGUUCUCCUCACUUCUUUCUCUUUCUUGCUCUGAUACUUACCUCAACCAGUUGCUGCUUUUCAUCUUUGCCACUUUUAAUGAGGUGACUACAUUACUCAUCAUUCUCACGUCUUAUGUGUUUAUCGUUGUCACCAUCUUGAAAAUGCAUUCAGCCAGUGGGCGCCGUAAGGCAUUUUCUACCUGUGCCUCUCAUCUGACAGCUAUUGCCAUCUUCCAUGGAACCAUUCUCUUCCUCUACUGUGUGCCCAACUCCAAAAACUCCAGGCAUACCAUCAAGGUAGCCUCUGUGUUUUACACAGUCGUGAUCCCUAUGUUGAAUCCCUUGAUCUACAGUCUGAGGAAUAAGGACGUCAAGAAUACAGUCAGCAAGAUACUAGGCCCUAAAGUCAUUUCUCAUUGA